CGACAUGAUGUUAGUCAGGUAUCUCUGACUGACCAAUCUUUGUUCCUCAGCUCGGUAAACGAAACGAGCAAGGCCGUCACGUAAACGAUCGAAGGCGAGUCCGAUCAAGAUCCAUCUUCACGUCUGCUCACAUCCUUCCCCCGUUCUUGAACUCCUUAAGUGGCACCCAUACUUCUCCCCCAAAAUGAGCCACACGCGCCGAUUCGCCGGCAAAGUCGUCUUCAUCACAGGCGGAACGUCCGGCCUAGGCGCCGACACCGCCGAGCUCUUCGUGCAGGACGGCGCGAAAGUCUUCGUCGUCGACCUGCAGGAGCGCGACAUCCUCUCGCGCCUCGGGAGCGACAACGCGGCCUUCCGUAAAUGCGACGUCUCCUCGCCCAACGACUGCGCGAGCGCGAUUGAAGAAUGUGUGAAGCAGUACGGUCGCUUGGACGUGCUGUUCCAUAACGCCGCGCGGCUUUCGCCUCUUGCGAAUGUCGUUGACCACGAGGUGGAGAUGUUCCAGCAGAUUAUUAACACUAAUCUUUGCGGCUUGUUCUACCUUUCACGAGCUGCGAUUCCGCAGAUGCGGACCCAGGGCAAAGGCGCAAUCGUCGCUACUGCCAGUACCUCAGGCCUGGCAGGCGACUACGGACUGUGCUCGUACAACGCCGCGAAGGCAGGAACGGUCAAUCUUGUCCGUUCGAUGGCUCUGGAUCACGCGCUGGAGGGCAUUCGUGUCAACGCUGUGUGUCCGGGGUAUAUGAUUACACCCAUGACGGAAGCCUUUCGGAUGGAGAAACACGUGCAGGAUGCGCUUCUGGCGACGAUUCCGAUGAGACGAGGGGCGGAUCCGAAGGAGAUUGGACGGGCGGUACUAUUUCUUGCGUCGGAUGAGGCUUCAUUUAUCACGGGCCAGACAUUGACGAUUGAUGGAGGAUGGAUGGCGAAGAGCGGUUGCCCCAACUUUAUGGAGUUGUUUGGAGGCCAGGCCUGAGGGGUUUAGCUACACGAUGAGUUAUACCGAUAUGUUUGGAGCGAGCUGUCCGUCCGUUAUGCAUACCGCCAGCAAGUACAACUUAGUGACACUCGUUUCCUCGGUUGGUUGGACUUCUUCCACGGCAUUGGAAGCCGAUCAGCGCCAGCAUUGCCGGGAUGCUGCACCUCGAUGGCCAGUCAACUGGCGUUACUAACAGCUAGGUGACUAAGUGCUGUAGAGGAUCGACGUUGUAUCUGCACAGCUGUGUGUAGGAAAGCUCGACAGCUCGACAGCUUGACUUGACGGAG